CAGAUUAAGCAGGUUACUUUUUUACUUUUAGUGUAAAGAAUAAUAUAAAACCUUGAUUUUCCUCAGUCACAUUACUUUCUUUUGUGAAUGUGAUUUCUAAGAAAAUGAAACAGUUAAAACGAACAGGUUUUAUUAUUUUCUUGUUCUUUUUGACUGAAUCCCUAACCCUGCACACAAAGCCUCAAGAUAUAGAUGAUGUUAGUAUCACCCAGAAAUUUAUAGAGGAGAAUCUUGGAUUUAUCACCAUCAUCGCUUUUGCUCAAUAUAUUCAGGAGGCAUCCUUUGAAGAAGUAGAAAUGUUGGUAAAAGCCAUGAGGGAUUACAAAGAUAAAUGCUUGGCUGAUGUGACACUCCCAAUGUGUUCAGAAUUAGCUAAUGAUGUUUUAAUGGAAAAGAUAUGCACUGUGGAGGGGCUGUCACAAAAGCGUAACUUUUCCCACUGCUGCAGUAAAGUUGGCUUUGAAAGAAGACUCUGUUUCUUCCAUAAUAAGAAACCUGAUAUAGGAUUUCUGUCUCCUCUCCCUACUCUGGAUCCUGAAGAGAAAUGCCAGAUUUAUAAAAAUAACAGAGAAUCUUUUCUAAACAAUUACAUCUAUGAAGUUUCCAGAAGGAACCCCUUUGCUUUUGCCCCUACACUUCUAACUGUUGCUGCUCGUUUUGAAGAGGUGACUAAAACAUGUUGUGAAGAACAAGACAAAGCUAACUGCUUCCGAACAAAGGCAGAACCUGUCAUACAAUAUUUAAAAGCUGUGUCUUCUUAUCAAAAAAAUGUCUGUGGGGCACUUGGGCAAUUUGGAUUGCAAGUCUUAAACUCUAUAAACAUUGUUAUACUUAGUCAAAAAUUUCCCAGGAUUGAAUUUAAGGAACUCACCUCCCUCCUUGAAGAUAUUUCUUCCAAGUAUGAUGGAUGCUGUGAAGGGGACGCUGUUCAGUGCAUCCGUGGCAGGAGCAAGGUUAUGAGCCAUAUUUGUUCAAAACAAGAUUCCAUCUCGAGCAAAAUCAAAGAGUGCUGUGAAAAGAAAAUACCAGAGCGUGGAGAGUGCAUAAUUUACUCAAAUAAAGAUGAUAGACCGAAGGACUUAUCUCUAAGGGAAGCAAAAUUUACUGAAAGCAAACGUGUGUGUGAAGAUCGAGAUGCUGACCAAGCCAUCUUCUUUGCUAACUUUCUUUAUGAAUACUCAAGGAGACAUCGAGAACUGUCUGCACCAGAGCUUUUAAGAAUUGCUGGGGUGUACGAGGAUCUCCUGAAAGAGUGUUGCAACACAGAAACCCCUUCAGAAUGUUACAGUUAUGCGGAAUACAAAUUCAAUGAGACAACUGAGAAAAGCCUCAAAAUAGUACAACGAGAAUGUGAACAUUUCCAGAAUUUGGGGAAGAAUGAUUUGAUAUCCCACUACCUUAUCAAACUCACAAAGAUAGCCCCGCAGCUCUCCACUGAUGGACUGACCUUUCUUGGCAAGGAAAUGGUGGCAGCUUUGAGCACCUGCUGCACACUGAGUGAAGAGUUUGCCUGUGUUGAUAAUUUGAUGGAUUUAGUUCUUGGAGAGUUAUGUGGAAUAAACAGAAAUCGAAACAUCAAUCCUGCUGUGGAUCGCUGCUGUAAAACAAGCUUUGCCUUCAGAAGGCCUUGCUUUGAUGGCUUGGAAGCUGAUAAAACAUACGUGCCUCCACCUACCUCUGAGGAUUUAUCUACCUUUCCCACAGACUUGUGUGAGACUCAUAAUGAGGAGCUCCAGAGAAAGAAAAACAGGUUUCUUGUCAACUUGGUGAAACGAAAGCCUGGACUUAGAGAAGAGGAGCUGCAGUCAUUGCUCACAGAUUUCACGGAUGUGGUGGAGAGGUGCUGCAAGGCAGAGGGGCCCGAAGCGUGCUUUAAUGAAGAGGGUCCAAAACUGGCAGCCAAAAGCCAGGCUGCUUAAGAAACACAGAAUAAAAACCACCAAAGACUGUGGAGAAAAGACAAGAAGACCAAUGUACCUGCUUUCCAACUGGCCUGCAGUGAAUUUCAUUUUCUGAGAAGAACACAGUAAAAAGAUUCUUCUGUAACCUUUACCUGAAAUCAUGUUAUUGCAGCAAGCAGUAAACAACAAAUUGUAAAGUUAUUU